CAACGAGGACUACGUGCCGUUGUUUCUCCCACAGGCAGACAGUUGAACGUCGUGUUCGAACGGAGAAGUACGCGUCACACGGAGAGUGUGUUCUCAACUGAAUAUAAUAAAUCUAUGUCUGUUUGGGAUUACUAUGCUUUUAAGUCCGCAGUGUUAACGUAAUUUUGUAUUCUUUAUGUUUACCCACAAAUGCUGGGAUAUACUUCCUACAGGGAUUGGACAGGACCGGGAGCUGGCGCCCAGCAGCAGUUGUCGGUCGUGACCACGGUGUGGGGAGUGAGCACUACGACGCAGUCGGGCCCCCACGGGGGCGCCUAUACGGGCGGCCCGACGCCUACCGCUAACCCCAACUACAUAGGAGCUCAAGGAACUGCAGGCAAAGUGCAACAAGGCGGUUAUCAAGGAGGAUAUAGACAGAGUGUACCUCCAGGUGUUAGUGGUUAUGGUGCAGGCAAUGUUAUGAAUGGUAGUGAUCAGGGUUACGGAAGCGGAAACGCCUUGAGUACUGCAGCUAUGGUCGCCGCAGCAACGGCAACAGCUACAGCUACAGCCAGUGUUGUUGCUCUGCAAGAUAAUUCCCAGUUCAAUAAUCAACAAUACCAACAGGGAUAUCAGCAACGCAUGAUGGGCAUGAACGGAAUGAAUGGCAUGAGUCCCAUGGGUAUGAAUAUGGGAGGAAUGCACAACAACAUGAUGAGUAGCAUGGGGCCUAAAAUGGGCAUGCAGGGUCCCGGACCCGGACCUAACUCAAGCUCCAUGUACCCCAGGAGAAUGACCCCAUAUCCCUCGCCAGCAAUGCAUAUGAAUCAAAAACGUGGCACUCAACAAAGCUAUCCAAACACCUGUCCUACCAUGAAUCCUAGUAUGAAUCCCAGUAUGAGUCCUAUGAAUCCAUCAAUGACUCCUUCAAUGUCUCCUUCAAUGAACCCAUCAAUGAAUCCCUCAAUGAAUCCCUCAAUGAAUCCCUCAAUGAAUCCAUCAAUGAAUCCGUCAAUGAAUCCCUCAAUGAAUCCCUCAAUGAAUCCUUCAAUGAAUCCCUCAAUGAAUCCCUCGAUGAAUCCUAAUAUGAAUCCAAACAUGAACCCCAGUAUGAAUCCUAGUAUGGCUGCCAGCAUGAAUCCUAAUUUUAAUCCUAGCGGCCAGUAUCCAUAUAAUAGCACGAGGCAGCCUAACUUCAAUCAGUAUCCAUCCCAGCAGACGUUAGGUCCCACAGGUAACUUUGGCCCUGGACCUGGUACCAUGAUGUCAAUGGGGAAUCCCAGACAAAUGCGCCAGGCCACGCCUCCUUAUACUAAUCAAGGACAGUAUUUUAACGGUGGCUCUAUAAGCCAGUUUCCUUCAAACAACUCUGGUCAGUACAUGAGUAGUAACGCUAACUCCAGCAGUCAAUAUGGCAGCACCUCCUCAGCACAGUUUCAGCAAGAUGUUGCAAUGAGAAACAACAUGAAUUACCAGCACAGUCCCAUUCCAGGGAACCCUACACCUCCACUGACUCCAGCCAGUAGUAUGCCACCAUACAUUAGUCCUAAUCCAGAUGUUAAACCUAAUUUUAAUGACUUGAAACCACCACUACCAAUGCAGAAUGAUGAGUUGAGGCUAACCUUCCCGGUACGAGACGGCAUCAUUCUCCCACCUUUCAGAUUAGAGCAUAACCUAGCAGUCAGCAAUCACGUGUUCCAACUUAAGCCUACUGUUCACCAAACAUUGAUGUGGCGGCAAGACUUGGAGCUUCAGUUAAAGUGCUUCCAUCACGAGGAUAGACAGAUGAAUACCAAUUGGCCUGCAUCAGUCCAAGUUUCUGUUAAUGCUACACCACUUAUCAUCGACAGAGGGGAGAAUAAGACAUCACACAAACCCCUGUACCUAAAAGAUGUAUGUCAGCCUGGCCGGAACACCAUACAGAUUACUGUAUCAGCGUGUUGUUGUUCCCACCUUUUCGUUCUUCAACUUGUUCAUCGACCUAGUGUUCGAUCUGUUCUUCAAGGUUUGCUCAGGAAACGUUUGUUAACAGCCGACCACUGCAUUGCCAAGAUCAAGAGGAAUUUCAGUAACACCGGUAGCUCAGCCACAGGGAACGGUGAUAGAGACGCAGUAGAGCAGACGGCGCUUAAAGUUUCUGUGAAAUGUCCGAUUACUUUCAAGAGGAUAACUCUACCGGCCAGGGGACACGAGUGCAAACACAUACAAUGCUUCGAUUUGGAGUCGUACCUGCAGCUAAACUGUGAAAGGGGAGCUUGGAGGUGUCCGGUGUGCAAUAAACCUGCACAAUUGGAAGGUUUAGAAGUUGACCAGUAUAUGUGGGGCAUUUUGAAUACCUUAAGUACACAGGAAGUGGAGGAAGUCACUAUUGACAGCUCUGCAAACUGGAAGGCUGCCAAAGGAAACAUGCCUGGAAUCAAGAUGGAAGAUGAAGGUAAUGAUUCCUGUAGUGGAGGCAAACGUAAUAAAGCCAUGUCACCAGGAAGUAUGACCCUACCGACCAUGAACAACUGGGAUAUGCAAGCAAUGUCACCUUAUUUACCUCCAGAUAUGAAUAGCAUCGCCAGUGGUUCGAUGAUGAAUGGUGGACCACCGUCGUACAAUAAUACUUAUUCGAGUACUAACGAGUACUUGAGCGGUAAUGGACCACUUUCACACCUCAGCGAAUCUGUCAAUUCCCUGGACCCAUUGAAUGCGAUGGAGAAGAGCCUAAAUGAGCAGAUGCCGCACACACCCCACACUCCUCAUACACCACACACGCCACACACUCCAGGAGGAGGUACCCCUGGAUCGGCGCAUACACCUGGAGGUGGUACGACGGGUCCACCGAGUGUACCGCCACCGUCUACUGAUACCCACAAUACCAGUAGUGGCUCAAACAACGGAGGUCCCGGAUCGGUAUCGGGAAGUGGAACGAAUGCCGAUACUUCAGUACCAGAAAUACCUUCAGAUCUUAACUUUGAUCCUGCGGCUGUUAUUGACGGAGAGGGAACAGGACAAGAGGCACUUAAUCUACUACCAGACAGUGUGGAUCCAAUGGAGCUGCUGUCUUAUCUAGACCCACCGGAUUUGAACACUCCACCGUCUAGCGGCAGUAGUUCGGGUCAAGCCAAUACGUCGACGAACGACGACAUUUUAGCCCUAUUCGAAUGAGCCUAGAAAGUCAAGAGAACUUUGUCUUUCACUCUCUUAUUCAUUCUCUCUCCUCUGUUAAGUACUCCGCGCAUCAGACACAAGUGAGUGAACAAGUGUGAUACCUAAAGACGACAACAAUCGUGUUAUUUGAUUAUGAAAAAGGUCUAAAUCAAAUUAUAUUGUAUAGUUUGUAUAUAGUGUUGAAGAGAAUAAGUGGCAGAAGUAUUUUAUUCUAUUGGUUCGAGAUAGCUAUGAUUUAGAUGGGAAAGAAUCAUUUUCAAGACCAAAAGGUGUCAUUUUCAUAACGCAUUACAUAUUAUUUAUUUCGUUUAAAUUUAAAUAGUGGGCAUUAAUAACCAAAAAAUGUAUGUACAAAUCUUCACAAAUACUAUGUUAAAUUAUCAUUUAAAGGUAGUUAUUUGAAUUGAGUGCAUUGUUCCUCUUUAUUAAAUUGAUUUUAAGCUGACCAUAUUAUAGAUUGAUGGAUAAAAUUGAUGCACAUUAUGAAAAUGGCACUUCUAUUCUUGAAAUUGAAGGAUAGGGAAAACGCAACGGGAGCACAAUUUAACAAUAUUUGUUAAAUUCAAAAUUUGUUGUGCAAUUAUCGGUCUAUGACUUUCUGCUCAUAAGUGUGUGAGUACUAUGCUCUAGGACUUUUUUCCAAGUAUUAUCAUUGUGUCAAUGAAGUAGUAAUCUUUGAGUACUUACUGAAAUAAAAGUCAAUAUAAAAUGGCCUGUAAAACCAGUUCUGAUAAUCAGCUCAAUAUAAAUAAAACGGGAAUGUGGGGGAUACUGGUAAAGGUAAACAGUAAAAAAUUGUGAGAACUUUUGGGGAAGUUGAAAAUUGUCCAAAUUGAUAAAAAAAUAUAUUUAAAAAAAGUAGAGUUCUGAAGUAACAUAAUGCUGUCUCAAUUAUAAAUUUAAGACAAACUGUUAUUUUACUACUCUACGAAGUAGUUUUCUCGUUUUUAUAGUAUUUAGAGCUGGUUAGGUAUCUUAUUAGGAUAUUUCUUUUAUAAAGAAAAUAAAGCAAUUCUUAACGCCAGGUAUAAACCGGGUAUAAUUCGAAAACAAUCGCAACCAAUGGAAUAAAACGUAAAAAAUAACGAGGACGGCCAGUUUAAAUAUAUAGUAUUAACUAAAAAAUGAAAAUAUACUUAGUAGAAAAUUUGGAACCAAAAUUUAGGUACCUACUUUAGGACUGUGUCGGUCAUUUUUGCAUCUCAAUGUGCAUAGGCUUCAAGUAUUAUUAUGCUGUAAAGAAUUCCGUGAACCUUUUAUAACUAUCAGACAAGGCACCUUCAAGGGAAUACAGAAACUGGUCUUGUGCAAUGGUCUUGACUCUCGGUACAAAAUGUAUAUUUUCUCAAAUUUAGCAAUUCCCAAAUUUUCAGUAUUAUAAUCAUUAUAUGGAAAGAUUAUCACAUAAGUAGGGAAAUUGAAUACUAGUUAACGCCUAUUUCAACGAAGUCAAAACGUAGUUGUCAUAAAAGUAUAUUUGGAAGCAAUAGGGAACUUGCAUAAAAUUUUAUAUUCGAAAAAAAUGUUAUAAAUCACAACAGAACAUAAUUUAAAACAUAUAUCAAAUAUUAAAAAGUUUUGUUUGGCUUUCGUUUGGCCCCUAAAGAUGAUUAAAAAUUCAAAUUAAAACAGGUGGCCCAAAACGCGUCGUGACGUCAUUCGUUUAAAUUAUGUUUACAUUCUUCCAAAAAAGUAAACAGAAUUUAAAAUUAGACAUUAUAAACGUCAGUAGAAAAUACAGUUAUGUAACCUCACAAGUGUUUUAAAUCGUUUGAACUAUUUUAAAUGUCAUUUAAUAGUGUCAGUGUCAAAACGAAUGCCAAACCUAAUAGGGAACUUGCACAUUUUUUUAUUGCAUAAUAAUAUUCAGUUUCCUUUAAAAAUAAGAUUUCCAAAAUUUCACGCCUUAAAACCUCAUAAUAACAAGUACAAAUUUAAAAUCUAUAUACAUUUUUUUGUUUUCUGGCCUUGGUUUAGAGAACCUUUAGUCAAUUUAAAAUAGUUCAAACGAUCAAAAACACUUGUGAGGUUACAUAAGUGUGUUUGCUAGUGACGUUUAAAUGUCUUAUUUUAAAUUCUGUUUACUUUUUUGGAAGAAUGUAAACAUAAUUUAAACGAAUGACGUCACGACGCGUUUUGGGCCACCUGUUUUAAUUUGAAUUUUUAAUCAUCUUUAGGGGCCAAACGAAACCCAAACAAAACUUUUUAAUCUUUGAUACAUGAUUUAAAUUAUGUUCUGUUGUGAUUUAUAACAUUUUUUUCGAAUUUAAAAUUUUAUGCAAGUUCCCUAUUGUCAAACCGUUUUCAACAAACUGUAUUUUGUUUGUUGUAUCAACAGUUGUUAAGUUUUUUUGACAUCUGUGUGUCAGACUAGAAUGAUAAGACGGCAACAAAUUCUUCUUAAUAAUUCUCACUAUAUGGGACUCAGAAAGAGGAACCUCCAAACGUUGAACACAAACUAACAACUUCAUUAAUAAAAAUCGUAACUCCUGUGGAGCUUGUUUACGAGACUUGAUUUCAUGUAGAAGGUUGUCCUCAUAAUUAUAAGGAAGAAAAUCCGACCUAAGUUUAGCAACUAACUGCCUUGAAGCAACACUACGUCGGUUAUUGAGAUACCACGUGAAGACUGAAUCCCUAAAUAAAUCAGCAGCAGAGGAGUAACAAUCUUCCUCGGUGUUCCCGCGUGCUAUACGCAGACACUCUACCUUCUCCAAGAAACUAACAACAUUUUCGUCCGAUUUACCAGACAAAUAUACACCCCAUUUAUGAAUAGGAGCAGACUUAACAAAUGGAAAGGGAUUUACAGAAACACUAGCAGUGUUUGGAGUAGAAUGUGCCUGUGGAGUUACUUUGAACUCAAAUUCACCUUCUAAAUUCAGAAUUUUGAAGGUAAGAGCCUUUUUUAUGGCAUCCCCUUCCUCUGUUGUAGAUUCUAACAGAUGGACUCUACCUGCAGCAUGGGAACCAACAAAUGAACUAAUUUUGACCUUCAGAUCUGCAAGAGUAGCUUCUAUUUCAGGAAGCUUAUCACUAUCACUAAAUUUAAGGAAGCUGACAGAACAGCAUGACUCCGAUUCGCUGAAGUUUGCUUUAAAGCACCUCUCAACACUACCCUUUUUUCAUCAACUGUUGUUAACGAUGGAUCGGUUAACUGACGGACUCUCAACUCAUACUCUAAUUCAGGAGCUAAUAGAUGCUCUACCUUAAAAGCUGCCAUUUUACACAACUGGGAAAUACACAAGAGAAUAAGACAAGAUAAAAGUAGGUAAAGUUCAACUUACUCUCUGUCCUCAAGCUAAUAUUCUGCAUGACUAGUUUUACCAGUAAUGUUUGUUUGUUUGACCAGUCGUGAAAACAGAUGCAUUGCAACGCUACAAUCCCUGAAAAACCUAAAAUUUCAAAAAUGUUAUUUCGAGGUAGUGAAGCGAGUUAUUUGAAUGCUAUUUGGAUUUGACAAUGGCUUUAGAAUGUUUUUGACUUCGAGACUUCCAUCUAAUACCAAAUUUGAAUGACCUUUGAAUGGCAUUUCAGUUUUGAAAACACUAAAAAGUCGAAAGGUGCCAUGCCGGAGUAAUAGGGAGACUGACUAAGUUUUGUCAUCUUGUGUUUUACCAAAAAGGAUUUACCACAGGAUUUGAUCAAUGUGCUCACGCAACGUAAGGUUUUUAAUUGGUUGUCUGAUCUCUUGGAGAGGAACACCUUAAUAGAAAAAACACAAUCAAUAUAUCUAGAUGCUCGUAUGGAUGCUUCACUAAGAAGACCCAUCAUCAGUAGUGACCCUUUUAAUAAUAUCUGUCGACCUUUCUGCCCUUUAACGGUUUUUUGCAAAACACAAUUUAAACAAAAGCAUGUUAAUGGGAAUAAAACACUUCUGAAAUUUUGGCCUGAGGUUAUGAACGAAAGUUGGAAAUUUUUGGACAUACCUCGUAUAGAUACCAUUCGAAAGUUUUUUAUGUAAUUUAUUCAUUCUUAUUUAUAAGUUUUUAGUACUAGUCUAUUGAAUUUCGUCAUUACACCAAUUAUUACUAAAUGUCGAUUUUAGUAAAACUGUUCACACAAUAAAAAUUGUACUUAGUAGCAAUCGAGAACUUUGCACAUGACCGGACGUUGUUAUAUAUUGACUAUGUAGUUUGUAUUUAAAACACAAACACCACAUAUAAUAUUUUUUAAUGAGAACUCUGAUAAGACUGUGAUAUGAAGUUUAAUUAUAAGUAAGUUUAACAUAAUUCAAUUAUUGUAUAUUAACUAAACAUUAAAAUUAGCGAAAAAUAUUAUGUUAUAUAGUGGACUUUGUGUAAAUUAAGUUAAAAUUUGAUGUGAUAGAAAAUAUAUUUUGGUGAAAAAAUUCGAAGAAGCGUUUUAUUUAAUUGCCAGGUUUUGUGACAGUUUGGACUUACAUCUAAAAAUAAUGCAGCAUUUCAAUUUCUAUUUCCCUAAAACCAAGGCAAGAUGCACGGCAACACUGUUGUAAUUUUUUGGUGUAGGAAGUGCCAUUAAAAGCUGUAGUCCAAGAAGUAUCUACGUAUACAGGGUGUCCCCGAAAAUAGUGCGGUUCUUUAAGGUAUGGAUAUAAUACACAUUGUAGAACAAAAAAGUCCUAUAACAUUUUUUUCUAAAGUUAACCGUUUAUUACAUUGUUCGCCAUAUAAGCGAACUUUUAUUUUCAUAAAAUUAACUAAUUUGUCAUCACUGUACAAGAACUGUUUGUGAUUUAGUUUAUUGACACCACAAAUGUAGGUCAGACAGGUACACCUGCAAAACAAGUGUACCACCCCAUGUUUGAAAAUCCAACAAAACAAGAAUGUGGUUGUUUGUUUAGAAUGAAGACAGGGUUUAAUGUAAAUACUUAUGGCUAAAAUGCUGCAACUAUUUUUGAAUUGUGAUUGUCUAUGUUUAGAUUUUUGUAUACAUAGUUGUCAGAUUUCAAUUUGCAUACCAAAAUGUAUUUUGGUUUUUUAGCCGAACGGUUGCAUUUAGAAAAAAAUGUUAUAAGACUUUUUUGCUCUACAUGGUGCCUUCUACCUGUACUUUUAAGGAACGCACUAUUUUCGAGGACACCCUGUAUAUUAUUGGACAAUGUUUCGACGUCUACGUUGAAUACCUUUUUCAGAAAAGUUACGUUAAACAAAUCGUAAAAACUAUUUAAAUGAAUCUGAUUUUAAUAGUGUUCAGUUUUUAAUUGUAGAACAACUUUUAUUAUUGGCUAAGUCAAAAACUGUAACAUUUAGUUGCUGUUUAUGUGAGUAAAAGCAUGUGCGAGAAUAUUAUAUUGAAAAAAAUGUUUAGUACCGUAUAUACAGCUUAAUUAAGAGUUUUUGACAUAUUUAAAUGCAUUGAUUUCAGUGUAUAUAUUGAUUAUAUUAUAUUCAAAUUUAUAUUUUGUACAGGGCGUUUGUAACUAAGUGCGACAGACUUUAAGGAGUAAUUCUGCAUAGAAAAAUAAUGACAGUUUGCUAUAUAAAAGUAUGUCCGCAAAUGCUUUGUUUCCGAGGCAAGGGUUGUUGAAAUUUUUCUUAGAAACACAACUUAUUUAUUGCUGUCAAACCGGUUGAGAUAUGCAAAUGAUAUUUGGUGGGUUUUAAAAGGUAGCUUUUGCGCAUUUUUUGACAUCAAUUAAGAAUUUUAUAGGGUCCGAAUUUUUUAAGGAAAAAAUAGUACGCCACUGAGAUAUUUCAAAUUAAAAAUCAUUUCUGGAGUUCCUCAUUGAAUUUGUGAUAAAAUAUAUCUUCCUUUUUUUCAUACAAAGCGCCGUUUUCAUACAAAAAAUAAAACAUGUUAACGGUUACAAAUUAUUCGAGAUUUUUUGUCACAUAUUUAUGAGGCAUUCAAAAAUGAUUUUUAUUUUGAACUAUCUCAAUGGUGUACUCUUUUUUUCUUUAAAUAAGUUCAGACCAUUAUCCGUAUUCAUGGCAAUGAUGAAUUUUCUAAAUAUUCUAUAUUGAAAAUCUGAAUUGUAUGUCAAAAAAUGCGCAAUAACUACCUCUCAAAACCCAUCAAAUUUCAUAUGCAUAUCUCAACCGGUUUUGGAACAAUAAAUAAAUCAUCAGUUUGUAAGAAAAAUUUCAACACCCCGUAUCUCGGAAACGAAGCAUUUGCAGACAUACGUUUAUAGAGCAAACUGUCAUUUAACAUUUACGUUUGUCGCACUUAUUUACAAACUCCAUGUAUAUUAUAUUUUAUUCAUUUUGUUCUCUCAUAUUUUAAAAAAAUCUUUAGUACCUACAUUUCAUACAGUGUUGAUGGCGCACAUUUUAAUAACUCCGCUCACUUAUAUUGCACCAAAAGGCAUCGUUUUCAUGUGAGUUUUUGGGGAACUAGAAACACGCUCAGUACCUAGUUACGGCGUUUUGGCUUAUUUCGUUUUAGAAAUGAAUCUUUGACGCGAGAUAAAGUCCAAAUUGCCACGCGCCGCUGUGUAGUAACCUUAAAUGUGUCUGUCUGUAUCAUUAUCUCAUGUAGGGUCCAAGUUCCUAACAUAAAAUAAUUUUAAACGUUUUAACAAUAUUAUAUACGAGGUUCACACGAAUUUUUCUACUUCUAAUUGCCAAGAAAACAUUAACUCAUUCUAAAAAACUUAGACAAGAGAAUAGAUGUCAAUAAGUUGUAUGUUAUAAGUAGAGAUGAAAAAUAUUUAUUGAAAGUUUACAUUAUAAAAAUUAAUACACAAUUAAAUAUUAAAAAAUACCACAACAAUUGCUUCCAGCUGUAAACUUUUUAUAAAUAAUCAGUAUAAAAUUAUGCCAAUAAUUUGGUUUCGAUUUAGAUUAAUUUAUGUAUCAAAAAUUCAAACUUCAUCAAAAUAUUUUUACUUAUUGGUCUGUGAAAAUCUUUAUAUCUGAAAUACGUUUCAAAACUACAUUUCUUUGUCAUUAUUCCACACGAAAUUCAGAAGUUGAAUUUUUUUUUUUCAUUAAAUGUUAAGAUAUCGAUUCGUAGUUUCAUAUAAUGAAAUUUUUAUUAAUACAAUGAAGAUAAAUUCUUAUUGAGUCAUAUUCUUUGGAGUUUAGUUGCCAAUACAUCUAGUUUUCGUCUUACUAACGUGAUGUCAGUCAAACCAGUCUCCAAAUUUUUGUUCUUCCUCUAUAUAAUUAUUAAUUCUGCUUGUCCAUGGGUCUCCAAAUUAUGUUUCCAUAAUAUUCAUUUCCGAACUAUGCUGCACUAUGAGCUAUCAGUUUCAUGACUAUAUGUUGGAUUUCUGUUUCGUCUUCUUGUAGUGCCUAUCCGUUUCAGAUGUUGGCGACCAUCAUGACAAUCUGUACUUUGCACACUUCUGCCCUGAAAGGAGUUUUUAUGGUUGUUGUGUUGAACCAUGUACGCUGAUUUUUCAACCAGGAAAUCCUUCAUCUUCCUGGUUCUCUUUGAAUGGUCUAAAUUGUGCUAUUUUGAAAAGAUCUGAUGUUAAAAAUAUUAAAAGUUAGGACUCCAGAGAGAGUAUUUUACAGAAUCGAAUUUUUAUAUGUACUGUAUCUCUUUCAUUGAUACUGUAUCUCUUUCAUUGAUGAUAAAUUCAAAAUUAAGAAUUUUUCUAGACCGAUUCCUUUCAGAUAGAUAUGUGCUUUUAUGUUAAGAAGUACUUCUCUUAGUUUGUGUUGUCUCCUGAUUAUGGUCACAUUUUUGUUUCUUAUGUCAUUUGGUAUUUUCUCCUUUCUCACCUUUCUCCCUAUUUGGCCUUUUUUCUAUGAAUUUGUUAAUAUUGGUCAAGUAAAAAACGUAAAAAUAUUUUUGUCGUUUAAGUUUCAAACGCUUAUUUUUUACACUUUUUUUUAAUUAGAUGAUUGUGUAUGAUAAAAGAAAAAAUAUUUAUUUACUCUUCUCAUCUCUUGUCUUGCUGAUGCCACAUCGUUCUUUCGCCACGUGGAUGAUUUUGUGAUUGGUAUUUUUUUUUUAAUUUAUUUUUUGCCCACUUUGGUAUUUUUUGGGUUCAUUUGGUGAACUUCAUGUCUGCUCAAGUAGUAUAUCCACGUGUUAAUUUCUGAACUUCUGAUUCUUUCUAAUCCUACCAUGCUAAAAUUCUGAUUUUUCAAUAUAUUUUCUAUUGGCGCUUCCCAUUGGUCAUUACUUCAACUGGACCUUUGUUUACUAUCCAAAUUAAAUAUUACAUGAACAUUAUUCCUUUAUUUUUUCUCCAUAUAAUAACAACUCAUUUUUGAGUGUUAAUUCUACACCCGUUCGGCAUGAUCAACAGAAUAAAUGUAUGAAUUUUAUUUCAUCAUUCAUAAAAAUAUAUGUAUUACAGGUUUAUAUUAUCAAUAUAUAAAUUUUUCGUUUAAAUAAAUUGUUUUAAAGACUUCGAAACAAAUAAAAAAUAUACAUAUGUAUCAAAUUGAUGCUCUAAACCAGACCAACACAUUUUACAUAUCAUUUUGUUUCACUGUUAAAAUUUGGACCAAUAAAAGCUGGGUGCAAUACAUCCCUGAUGUCAUACAUUUACAUUCAAAUUGAUGGAGCCUAUUGUCCAAAAAAUAAGUUUACUUUUUUUGAAUUGUUAAUAAAUUUGGAACACCUAUAAUUAAAACUUUUUCAAACAAUAGAAACAAAUGUAAAAAAUAACAGUUUAAGUGCUGACAUAAAUUAAGUAUAACAUUUAUUAUUCACAAUAUGCUGUUUAUUCAUAUUUUCCUUUUAUUUAAAUUUUAUUAGUUUCACGGUUUUUGAUCAAAGUCAAAUUAGGCUCUUCUUUUGUACAUGUAAAACUUUUUGUAUAUAUGGAGCAUUUUUUGUUCCAAAACUUUGCGUUCUUAUGUUCAUCGUUUAAACGUUUUCUCUGUUUGACCUAUGUAAUUUUUUGAAGGUUUAUUUGGGAACUAAGAAAACUUUAUGAACUUCCUUAUUUCUUGUAGUUGCUCUUGCUAUUUCUUAUUAUGUCUACUAACUUUCUUUUUGCCACGUGAGUCAGUAUGUUAAUAUAAUUUGUAUCUUACCAUGGAUACCAUUUUCAAGCACAUAUAAAUUUUUUUAAUUUUAUGCUCGAGGGAGAUUUAUUAUUAUUUUUCUUCGGGUAUAUAUCCAUUAGUGAAUGUAAACCGUUUUUCUGGCAAUGAUUUUAUUUGUCGCUAUUUUGAAUUUCGUUUACUUAUGCUAUUGCUCUCUAACCAUGCAUCUUCUACAUCAAUUUCUCACAUGUUAUGUAUUCAUAAUACCUUUUUGCCAAACCAACAAAACAACAAAAGAAACAAAUAUUAGGAGGGAAUAGAACAAAGAAAGGAUAUAUAAGAAGGACAAAUGAGGAAAUUUAUCAAGAAGGUUACAGUGGCUGGGCCAUAUAGAAAGAAUGGACGAUGACAGAGUGGUGAAGAAAAUAGCAUGGAGAGUACCAGAUUAUAAAAAAAAAAGAGAUGAAGAUCACGAAAGCGAUGGAGAGAGGCGGUAGUAGAAGACCUAAAAGAAAAGGGAAUAACAAACUGGACAAGUAACAGAAAGCUAUGGAAAAGAACAACAAAGCUCUGGGCGUAAAAGGCCUCAAAAAAAGCUAAAUAUAUAUAUAAUACCUUUUGGCUAUAUAAUUCUUUUUUUGCCUAGCGUUUCUAACGCGUUCAUCAUGUUGUCACUUUAUUAAUAUCCAAAACUUUACUCUGGAGUAAAUGAAUUAUUUCAGAUAAACUGAAUCAUUGAACAAUUAUGUGAGGUGAAAGUAAAGAUGAUUCAUAUUUGAUUACAGAAUAGGGCAUCUACUAUGUGUUUAUACGUAUUUCGGAUUAACCUUACCCUCUUCGGAACACCUCUGUAGAAGCACUCUAUAUCGGUGCUGCGAUGAGAGUAAGGUAAUCCCGAAAUACAUAGUAGAUGCACUGUUCUGUAAUCAAGUCUGAAUCAUCUUUACUUUCAUUUUAUUUGUAUUCAAUUUUGUGAGUGUAAAAGGAACUAUUUCGCUAAAGAUUGGUAUCACGAUGAACGACAGGUCGUUGAUGAAAUUAUAGAUCCUCUUGUUGACUAAUUCAUCAAUCUGUAUUGAAUCAGAGGACAACAAUCUCGAAUUUUAGUUCCUGACGCUUUAAGCUAAUUUGUGAGAAUUUCUUCUUGGUAUAUCAUACUUUAUCAGCUGUAGCUUUUUUGAAACUGCUUAACCUAUAGCCGUAUUCGUGCAGCAUACCCCGAACGUAUCCUGAACCUACCCAGAGGGAGAUCACCUACUCAUUAGGCGUUCAGAGGGAAAACUUAAACCUUAUUGAACAUCAAUUUUGUAAUGCGCAGGCGUUCUCCCUCUGGGUAAGUUCGGGACAUGCUGCACGAAUACGGCUUAUAUUUUGUUAAUUUUUUUCAUGCCCUUACAAAAUUCGAGCGCAAAUCAAGUAAACCUUAUUUUGGACAGCAGAACUCCUCCACGCACUUGCUAAGAACACAUUUCACAACAUUUGGUAUUUACCGAUAACUUAAAUUAUUGGCAUUUUUAUAUUCGUUUUGUAUGAAGAAAACUUAUAAGUAUAGGAUAAAUUAUUCAGUAGUAAAGAAAACUAUGUAUGAUUUUGCUAAUGUAAAUAUAUUGUACAUUAAAUUAAGAAAUAUUAUGUCUAUGCAUCUAAA